AUGAACGGCGACCUGCCUAGUCACUCUUCUGCAAUCGAAGAAAAACUCGAGCGCCAGCACAGAUCUCAAGCAUCACUUUCGUACUGGACAAGACCAGUCUCUUUACCAAUACCUGGCGUCCGGACACGACGUUUACGCAUUCUCGUACCAAAUGCAGGCCCAUUUAACCGUUUGCACGUCGGUCGCAUGCGACGGAAACGCGGUCCUCUUCUCAUAACCCUUGCUUGUUUGGCAGUCUUCUUCACCGUCGUACUCGUCACCAAGUCAUUGGGGCACUCAGAUUGGGGAGACCAAUGGCAGCAAGGAUCGUCAGUGGAACCGUCGACGCUCGUCUUCAAAAGGAUGGAUCUGCAGCGGAUAUGGAAGUGGGAAGUUGCCAGCGGCCAUUACCCCAGCACUCAACCAAUCCCUGCACAAAUUAGAUUGACGAAGCCCCUCAUGAAUCCCGCAACACCCCACCAGCCACCCUCAGUCAAACCAUCGCGGUAUCGCCAGCCUGGCGCUCUCGACUUCGUGACUGAAAUCCGCGGUGCUGGUCCCAAACGCGUCUAUCUAGACAUCCAAAGCAAGCCACCUAACGUUGAUUACCCACCUCGUCCAGUACCAGGCAGUGUCGCCGACUUGGACCAUAUAAUGAAACACUGCGAUUUCGGGAAAGGAAAGUAUGUACGCGAUUGCCUGGAGAUGUUGCGGCUUGGAGGUGGUUUGGAUAAUGGCGAACGGAUACGACGCGACGACACGGUCGACUGGAGGUAUAUCUACGUGGAGCAAGCUGACAACGAGACGGCGACAUAUCAAUUCGAGGAUACAACCGCUGAAGAGCAAGCUCCUCUCUUUCGCAAACCCGCUGGAAGGAAGGUCGAGGACCCGAACGAAGGAUUGUUGAAGAAGAAAGGCGCCGAAUGGGAACCGAAAGUAGUUCUUUCCCCAACACUUCAACAUCGACCAGCUCAGUCCCUUCCAGAAGCCUGUGACCCUCAAAACCCCCGCGUCUAUCACAUGUUUUGGACAGGGCCGUUUACUGACAAGCCGUAUCUCGCCUUAAUGUCUUUCCUUUAUACACAAAACACCGGAAUUCACCUCGACGAAUGGCCACACGAUUCGAAGACUUGCCGCCCACAAUUCUGGUUAUGGAUUAACCCCGGACCUGCUGCUGCUGUCCCUAAUCCCAACGCCGUGCGUGACAUGUACGAUCAACUCAAAUCCAGUCCUUGGGCAUCUCCAUUCCUCCACCCACGGUUCAAAGACGUCAUCCAAUUCAAGCUAUGGAAUACCACGGAGCAACUCGAUGGUAUCCCGGAAAUUAAGGACGAAUGGAGAGCUCUCCAGGAAAGCCUGUUUAACUCUGGAGGGCACAUCAUCAGCGUGAAGCAGAAGGCCCCUCCUACCACGGCUUUGUCGGGGAACGCAUCGGCCACCACCACUACGACCCAGAAAGCAGAUGAAGAUGACCUGUUAAACCGCACAGGCUCGAAGUCAUCAUCGUCAUACGACCGUUUAUCCGUCAUCCUUUCGGACAUGGCUCGCUUCAUCCUUUGCCAUCGGUUCGGUGGAAUUUAUCUUGACGCCGAUACAAUUCUUCUGCGUGAUUGGGAAGAGCUUUGGGGUUGGAAGGGUGCCUUUGCCUACCGCUGGUCGCGAUUGGAGAAGUACAACACGGCGGUGCUGCGAAUGAACAAAGGCUCAGCGCUCGGCACGUUCCUCUUUCGUACGGCGCUGAAGAAUGGCCUCGACUUCCACCCAAUGUCGGUGUCAAGAUAUACCGCGGACGCGUACUUGGAGGGGCUACUUCUGAGGCUACCGGACGCGCUGUUUGAUGCCGCUUGGUUGAACACGGAGAAUUAUCAACGGGACAGGCCACCACAGCCCUACUUUACUGAAUUUGGCGAUUUCUUUGAUACCCCCGCGCAAAACAGCGCCGCACCUCAUGCCCUUGGUUUCCGUGGUUUCUUCAGAGGAUCAUACUCGUACCACUUCCAUAACUUCUGGUGGAAGCCCUUCGACCCUGCUCGCAACUUCCCUGACCUCGGGCUUCGGUUCAAAGCUGGAGAAGACAUUGCCCGUGCUGCUCUACGAGAGGAAAAGCUGAAAUCUGCGUUGGCUGCCAAGUCCAAGCUGGCAACGGGCACCAAUACCGUCGUUGCGGUAGUACCCACACCUUCAACAUUCGAGGAGGAGCUGGCAGACCUGACGGAAAGCGACAAGGUGGAUCUAGAUUGGUCAAUUGUGAUGAAAAGGACUUUCGAAGCGUAUAUACGGGGCGAGAGGCCGAAUAUGUAUGGAGAAUGGAUCAAAUGGUGA